GGAGGGUAACUGAGAGGGUGGGGGAUGGCAGCAGCGGCGGCAGCUAGCAACGAUUUCAGUAGGAGGUGACCGCGUCUCACCUGAGUAUGUCACAGGUUGGUGUAGUUCCAGAAACACCCUCGGUGAUGUAAAACGCGCACCAAAGCAGCCGGUUUUUGUUUUUUAUUUGCCAAAUCUCAUGCUGUCCGGACAGCGUUUCUGCUACCCCCUACCGGUGUGCUGAGCUCACCGCAGCCCCGGCCUGCCGCUAUCGGAACGGCGAGAGGUGGGCAGCGCUGGAGCCGGAGGCUUUGGGCCGUCAGCCCGAAGCCAAUGGUGGCCCACGUUUCCACGAGCCCUGGGCGGCAUUACCGAGUCACGGCACUUAAUCCUGAAUUGCACUGUGUUCCUAUGCCUCUGUGUUGCUAUAAUGUACAUAUCUAUCGGAUUCUUUUGUAGAUAAGACAUUUUAGAUAAGAAUUUUUAAAUGGGCUCCCCCCCCCCCAGAUAUUUUAUGCCAGAUGUCUAGUUUUUUUUACACCGGGGAUUAACAUGAAGGUUGGAUGCUGUGUGGGCAGGGAAAGGAUAAAUGGAUGGUACAUUGGCUUUACAAAGGUAACAAUGCAUGUUUUAAAAGAAAACUGGAGAAAAAAAAAAAACUGCUUGGAAAAAAAAAAUCCAUUCGAUUAUAUUCUAUGUUCUGCAUAAUAAAGAGUUUAAAAAGAAAAGCGCUGCUCUGCUCUUCCUUCCUGCCGGCUGCAGGGCAGGGUGAGCUGGGCACCCUCCGUUCCCGCGCAGGAGCCCUUCCCGGGGGCGGCGGAGGCUCCGGGCCCCCCUCCGCGCCGCUCCCGCCCCUCCGUCCGGCGCCGCUCCCGCGCUCACUGCGGCCGCGCCGCGCCCUCCUCGCGUCACGCGGCCGGGCCGGGCCCCGCCGACCCGCGGCCGCCUCAGCGCCGUGCGGGGGCUCCCCCGAGGGGCAGCGCCCGGUGCCGCGGGGCCGGCGCCGAAGAGGCGAGCCGGCGGCGGGGAGCGCCGCGGAACAAAGAGCUCCGGGCCGGGCCCGACGGCGGGGCAGCGCCGGCGAGAGAGAGAGUCCGUCGGCGGCCCCGCGGCCAUGCCGCCGCCGGGAGGGGAGGAGCGGCCGGCGGAGCCCCGGAGGGGCCGCGCUCGGCGGGAGAGAGGGGGCGGCCCGGGGGCGCCCGGCGCCCCCGAGCGGGGCAGGGGCGGAGGCGCGGCGGGGCCCGGCCCGGAGCCGUCCCGCGACGGGCGGCGGUGCUGCGGUGCGCGGCGUCGCCAGAGGAGCGGCGGCCCCGGGGAGUGACUCCGGUGGGGGAGGAGGAGAAGAGGAAGAAAUCAGAGUGCCGCGGGCCCGGAGGGGGUGGGGAGGCGAAGCCCUCUCCUCCCCCCUCCCGCACGCACUUGCGGAGCUCUCGGAGUUGCCCUUCAGCAUCGGCGGCACCGGGAGGCGAACCCCGCGGCGGCGGAGCCCGGCGUGCCCCGGCUGCGCUUCUGCUGCUUUUUUCUUAAUUUUUUUUUCUUCCUGCCCGUUUUUGUGGUGUUUUUCUUCUUUUUCUUUUUUUUUUUUUUCCUCCCGGUUGGUUUCCCCGCUCCCGCCGAGGGCCGCCGUGCCCGGCGCUGGGCAGGCACGGAGAGAUGCCGCUGCCGGGCGGGAGGGUGGUGCUCGUCCUCGGCUUCGUCCUCCUGACAGCGCUCGUGGCCGCCGUGCGGGGGCUGCCCGUCAGCAGACAGCGCGGCGGGCCCAGGGAGAGGAGCUCCAAGCUGGCCGAGGCAGUUGAGAAGAGAGAAUGCUUUCUUCCAAACCGUGCCCGAAAAUCUAACAGGAGAAGACAUCCACCGAUUGUGCGGCUCUUUGGCCGUGUUACAUACAGGAGGUGCGCGGGCUCCAAAGCAGCGUGCAGUGAACAGCAGGGAUUUCUCCUGCAGGCUGCCUUGCAGCCAGACACGGGCGGCUCUGCAGCAGCUCACUGCGGUGUCCCCGGCUCACAUGCAGCGCUCCAAGUUUGGGUAACCAAACUCGGAAGAGCUCGUGUCCCCGUGGGGACAGCUCGUCACUUUGCUUAAUGCCUUGUUUGUUUCUGAAGUCGGGGGGUUUAAAUGCAAAAUAUGUUUUGAUAAACUCCCUGGAUUCCAAAAUAUUGGCUUUGAGCAUUGUUGGUGGAUGUUUGGAUUCUUUCCGGCUGAUACAAAUCAGUUCCAGGGCUCUUCUAGGAAGCAUGAAAUGAGCGAUGCCCCAGCACAACGGGAAAGCAAGCUUUAGAAGUGAUCAAACUUGUGUUCACUGAUACAGCCACUGCGUGUAGCUGUGCACAGAGGUAUCCGUAACAGCAGCAGCACCGGCGCUGUGCUGGCAGUGCGGCCACGCCAUGAGAUCCAGGAGCGUGCUGUUGGAGUUCCCCUGUCUGAGGCUGCAAGCAAAGCUGUUCCGAUGAGAGGUAAAGCGUGGUAACAAAAGAAAUGCCAAACAGCUUGAGGGCUGUACUGGCUGUAGGUUGUGGGUUUUCAAAGCCCGCUGGUGUAACUGGGCCCAUGGGAAGUAAGGAAACGAGAACAGCGCUCAGUGUUUACUGGUUGCGUCUGGCAGUGAGAGAAGCAGAGGGAAACAGACUUUGCACUGGAAGUUCUGCACUGAGAUGUUCUGCUCACCGAAUAAAGCAGUUGUGGCAGUUCUGAUCAAAAACACGAGCAGCUGGGAGCCCGGGCUGGAGGAGCGCCUGGAAUGAAGUGUGGCAUCAGGCGGUGUGUGCCUGGCGCUGCGAGCAGAGGGAAGGCGUCCCAAGCCAGGUGCGUCGGCUGUGCUGGAAGAAAGCGGCUGGACUGGAGCUGCCGGGCCACGGGCCAGGUCGCUCGGCGCCUGGCAGUGCAGGCACGCUGCGUGGGGACGCUGCAGGGACAGGAGGGGUCUGCGCGGCACCGCGGCCCCGGAGCCUCGCUGCUGUCACCGUGCGGGCAGCCCGGCUGUGUCAGCGGCAGUCACUGCCUGCGGAUGUGCUUUUUACCUUUUCAUUUCUUGAGCAAUUAAGCGUUCUUGUCCCUGGCUUUGUCCUUGGCGGAGGUCGGAUUUGCGGGCACAAAACGUGCACUGAAGCAUCCUUCCGCCCUGAAAGGGACUCUUUGUGCGCGGGGAGGUACUUUACCCUUUGUAGCAAAUUUCCUUUUGAGAAGUGCCAAAUUAUCUUAGUCAACACAGUUGAAAACCCUCCCGCCCCGGGGCCGAGUCGGGCGCAAACAAUGGGAGCUGGGUGCAGGGGAGCUGUGCCACCGGGGGCUCCUUCCUUCUCGCUGUGCAGACGGGGCUGUGCGGCCCCACGGCCGGAAUCAAAGGGGUUCCUGCAAAAGGCACACGGAGGGGAAGGGAUUUGGCGCAACCUCUCGGCAGGGCGCCGCCCGGCCCUCCCUGGCACGGCGGCUCUUCCUGGGGAGCACCCCCAUCUCCUCCGCUCCUGCUGGCCUGGACCCAAAGUCCCCACUGCCCCCCGGCAGCCGGAGCUGGGGCUGAGUGCUGGGGACGGGUCAGGCUCCUGCAUACCUUAAGGACUGAUGAUGGCAGUCGUGCCUCCGGCCGCAGUCCCCCCCCCUGAGUGACUGAGCUGGUGUAGGGCGUGCGCCUGGGAUUUCGAGCCGGUUUCUUAGGGUCGGGGAGUGGAGAAAGGAGCCUUUCGCUUUCCAUGGAAUCAGCGAACGUUUUUCCACUCAGAAUAAUUCCCAAACCGUCCACCUGGCACUUCCCCAUGGGCAGGGUGAGGCGGGCUGGGCCGCUCGGUGUUCCCAAGCACGUGGCAGCUGCGCUCGUGGUGCUCAAUGAAAACACCAGAGCCAAGAGGCAGGGCAGGGCGGGCAGCAGCGCUUCUGUGUAAAACAAGCUGCCAUUUCAGGCAGAAGUUUGUAAAAGUGCGAGGACUUCUUUAUUAAUAGAACAUUUUCGAAGGGAGCGUUCAUUAGGCCGUCAGGUGCUUUUAUGUGGCCAGCUGCAGAAGUUGGCUGGCACGGUGUGUCUCAGGGCUGCUCAGCUCCUGUACCUCCCCUGUGUGGCGGGACUCGCGUUGAGCUGAGGAGCUGUUGGGUACCUUAGAGAUGAAGACACCAAGAGGAUGGUGACCCACCUGCCCAGCAGCCCCGAGCAGCUCUUGGCUGUGGGUUGCAUUUGUCUCCCAGGGAAGGACGUGGCUUCAAAGGGAACAAAACACUGUAAAUUCCUCCCGGUUAUUGCUGCCUUUGCUGUGCCCUGUUGCUCCCAGCUGGGCCAGGAACGUGUCCUGAGCUGUGGCAGCCAUCAUUACGUGCGGCCGUUCUCUCCUUGGGAGAAACAACCCCGGGCUGCUUGGCAGGAACUGCAUUGCAUUGUGUCAGCUGUGGGGAGGAGGGAUGGGGACACUUGCUCUGCUGUCUUUGGGGGUUUUGGUCUCGGGGUUCUGCUUGAGUUGCAAUAGUGGAAGAGGCAGCAGCUGGAGCAGCCAGAGGGCUGCAGUACCCAGGCUGACAAAUGUAUGUCAUUAGCUGGAACAAGUUAAUGGAUACUGGAGCACAUGGGUUUUAGAGCUGCAACAAGUUAACGGCAACUCAGUCAGAUGCAUUAAGAGCUUAUGCGUAUUACGGCUCAGCUAUGUUAACAGAAAACAUGUGCCCAAGCAAGGGGUUUACCUGAGAGGACCAGAGGGUAUGGCUCUGUCUGUCCCCCCUCUCUGCAUGGUCCCUGAGGGGCCCCGGUCCCGCUCCCACUGCUGCGCCCCAGUUGGGCGGCUGCAGGGUCUGGGGGGCCCUUCUGGGCGAGGUGCCCCCACCCGCAGCGUGGCCUGCCGGCCUGGCCUGUGAGCGCAGUCCCUCAGCGUGAGGAAGGCUCGAGGCCUCAGAUGCUGCAGGGGCACCUUGGCUGUGCCGGCGGGACAUCCUGCUGGCCCCAUUUGGUCCUGCGCACAGCCGCACAGUGUCCUGGCUCCCCACAGCAGUGUUUCUCCAUGCUGAAGUGUCGGCCCUGCUGGGUCUGGCUCUGCAUCAGAGACAGUGUAGUCCCAGACCUUGGAAGAGUUCUGAGAUUGCAGUUGCCACGGUUGUGACAAUAAAUGGGGGACGUGAGGCAGCCUUUGAUGCUGCCUCCUGCAGCUCCCUCCUAGGGACAACUGGGCUAUGGCCAUUUAGAAUGAGAGUGUUUCCUUAGGAUCUGAAGUAUUUUUAUAACUGUGAAAAUUAUAGAAGUGGGUGUGUAAUAAUUAUCUGCUUGGCUCUGUUUGCUGCCAACUCCUACUGGUCCAUUAAAAACAGGAUCUUCCCACACCGGAGUGAUAACCAAGUGCCUCAUCUGUUCCACGAGCACUUACAGAGCUCUCCCAGAACAUAAAGGGAGCUGCUUGUGUCAUUAUUUAACAAAACACAACCAAAAAAAAGAACUCACAUGAGUUGAUCCUUAGGCGGACAGGCAAGUAGGGCAGCUGGGAGGUCUCGGUCCCAUCCUUUCCUUGCAUCACAGCCCCCGUGCAGGCAGGAACGUAGCCAGAGUGGAAGGAGAGCGGGAGCUGAAGGUGUGUGAUCUUCAGGAGCUCUUCUGCCAAAAAAGAAAGUUCUGGUCUCUGUUUGGUACUUUGCAAGUUCGUGAGCAGUCGGGUUUGCCACAGAGCACAAGAUGAAUGUUAAAAAGUCGGAGGGAGCUUGGAGGAAAGAGUAGGAAGGUGCUUGUGUAGAUUGAGCUCUGUUCAGGAAAAGGUUAAUACUUCUGGUUGCGUUCUUGUUUCAGUAUAACGUGGUAAAACUGUGUAAAGGAAACAGUUUUUAGCAAAUGUGUCAUUUUCUUCACUGCGUUGUUAACGACCCCCAAGCAUAACCUGUUGCCUCUCAUCUGACUCUCACUAAAUGAGUUCAUGUUCCCACUGACCAGCUUGGGAUAGGAGCGGGCAGAAAUAGCAUCCUCCAAGUACCAAUGCAUGGGUUCCAUUGAUGUUUCUCCCCCUGGGAGCUGACUGGAGUGUGCUUGGCUUGGGUUGAUCCUGGCAACAAAGACCAGCUCUGCUCAGCAGCACAUGGAGCUGCAAGGAGUGCUGCCACUGGGUUCAUAUGUAGGGCUCUGGCAGCUUUCAGCACCUACGGAGGUGCUGUUGGAGGGACACGUGUUGGUGAUAUGGGGAGCAGCAAAGUUUUGUCCUAGGACAGCCUAGCACCGGGAAUGAUCUGCUGAUGCUUUCAGGUUUCAGGUUUGCUAUUUUAACACAGGGUUAGUUCAGAGUCUCAGAGAGUUUAUAGCCAAGCUGCAGAUUUUAAGACCGGAACAGUCAGGUUGCUGAAUUUCUUCCCAGCACAGAUGCUUUAUGUAUGUUUGAGCCAGUACUUUGUGCUGUCUCCACAAGAGAUACAGCCUCUUUUCUUGUUAGCUUGUUCCUGUGGUUAGUCACCUACAGCAUCAAAGCAUGAUCCAUGUUUUUCAGCUAAAUUUGUCUGGCUUUGACUCAUGAACAUUGGUUCCUAUUAUGUGUUUCUGUUCUGGAUUAGAGUCCCUGGUGCCUGAUGGGUUGUUUCCUUAAAGAACCAGGAAAUCAAGUGAUUGCUUUAUCUUUUUAACCUGACAAAUGAAUUGUACAAGUCUUUAACUGGAAAAAUCUUUCAGCCCCCUGGAACCGUUUUGCAGCUGUUCUUCUUCAUCAUUUUCAGAUUUCCAAGCAAUUUCAAUAGAGGUGUUUGGACUGGAAAUGGAAAAAUAUCAGCUUUUAAUCUCUAUUAAAAAUGUGUGGCCUUUCCCCACACCUUUUCCAUAUCACCCCUGUUAGGUACAGAAUGCAUGUGGCACUGGGGUGAAUUGCUGACAAGUUCCUUUCACUUCCUAAUGUCUAUGCUGAGUUUGUGCUCCGAGGUGUUUAGGUGACCCUAAAUGUGGGAGAGCUGGGAUUACUUGGGAAGAGCUCCUGGGAUGGUAGGAAGGCAAAUGUGAUCCUGCCUCUUGGUUUUUAUAGCCUUCAGCCUAAGCACAGUGUUCACAGAUGGAACCACACACUGUUUCUUUCCCAACCAGGCAAGACAUCACUGGGCAUCAUGUAGACAAGGGAGGAGCUGGAGCUGGGCUGUGGCAGUUCCUAGUUUGGUUUUUCAUUUGCUAGUACAAGCUGGCCACUGAGGAAGGCUAAAGGUGGGCAAUGGCCAGGAGACACUGACAGCUUCCAGGCAGUGUGCUCUCCAUUUCUGAUGCAUGGUGGCAGACUUGCUCUCUUGAUGGCAGGAGGUGGGAGCUGCCCACAGCUGGGUUUGCUGCGUUUUACUGAUGGCCAGGUUUUGGCUGGAGAGGACAGGCUGGCUAUGACCUCAUGCACAAAUCCCAUGCAAAGGCUCUAUAAACGGGAUUGUUUUAGCUGCAAACAGGCAAGGUCUUCUUUUUCGUGAGUCACCUGUGGGGGCCACCUAUGCAGACACCCGCAGGGGCCUUUGUGCCUCCAUAGGGUCUGGGAGCAGAGGGAGCUCUGUCUGCCCAGUAACGCUCCCCCAGCCUGCUCUUCUGUGACACUUUUCCAUUUUCCCUGUGGGAACAGUACUCUGAAUUUCUUGAGCUUGUUUGGGCGUAAAAUCUGAAUUAGGCACUGGGUGUAAGUUUGGAGACUUGGAGUCUGCUCCUGGCUCGGUCACUGUGGUGUCCUUGGGUGAGCUCAGAUCUCAUCGCUGGAGACCUUCGUUUCCAUGUGUAUUACAUUUGGGUCCUCUGUGAAAGCAGCUUACCCAGCCCAGUUAAGCUUGUUGCAAAUUAUGCACGAGCGCCAGCGUCGCAGGGCUGCUGGCUGUGCUGCUCCCAGGGGCUGCAUUCAGCACACACAGCUGGGAGCGGGCCCGGUGCUGCGGGCAGUGCUUUGUGGCCAGCGCUUGCCGAGCACACGAGGCCAUGGCCAGCCUUCUUCGUCUCCAUGGCCAGCCUCUUCGUCUCCCUGGCAGGGGCUGGAGGCCUCGAGGAGGGGCAGCGGGGUUGCUCUUCUGGACCCAUCUGGUGAAGUCUGUCACAGGCUCUUCCCUGCGCCCAGCCCGCUCUGGUCAGCAGCCAAGGGACCAACAGUGUCCCUGCUGCUCUUUUCCCUCCCCCGGGGAUGGGGAGGGGGAUGCGGGCUUUGAUGUGCGGGCACAGGACUGGGGACGGGCUGUGUGUGUUCAUGAGAGCCUGGCCGGGCUCCAGCUGCCUUUGAAGUGCUCCAGUGAUCAGGAUGAAAGGGAGGGGAGUCCUUCUCCAAACCAUCUGGCUCUAAUUGCAGGUAGAAAUGCCUCUCCGCAUCCCCCGUGGGGAGGGGCACGCCGCUCUCUUGGUUAAUCCCGCCACUCUUGUCUGGGCUGCUGCAGAGGGCAAGAGCUUGGGAACAAAAGGGGGUUUCAGCCAGGCAGCCAGAAAUAGUCGCUGCUGGCAGAGCUGCCAGGGCUUCGGGCACCUCUGCGCCCAGUACGGAGCUGCAGGGCCCCGGGGAAAUUCCCAGGGAAACCCAUGCCAUGAUAGGGCUUUGCCAUUUGUUCCCGUCUCCGAUUUCAUCCCUCUGAUUCACACCCUUCCGUGCCAGCGUGGAGGUGAGGGCCGUGGGGACGCAGGGCCAACCUGGCUAUGUGGCAACCGAGGGUCCCUGCCCACUCCUGCCCGGCCACCGAGGGCUGGGCAGCAGGGUUCCGUGUGUCACUGAGGUGGCAGCAGCAGACAGUCACUGGCAGUACAUACAAGUCGUUUGCUUUGUUGUGUUUGUCUGGGCACUCUUCCCAAGGAAGUAAUGGCAGUUUGGUUAUAUCAACAGUUCUGUUUCCUCCUUGCGAUAGUCUUUGGGCAGCAUCUUAAAUCUCAGUUACUUAAAGCAACGUGGGUUUAGUUUUAAGUAAUCUGCACUAGUAUUGAUACACAGAGUGAUUUCUCUAGGUGAGAAGUCUUGUUGUAAAUCACCUCACGUGAGCUCUGGCAGCUCUGUGCUCAUGAGCAACCGUUGCUGUUACCCAUUGCCAGGAACCAAGAAACAGCCAAAAAGGGAGAACAAAGCGGAAAGCCAGGUGGCAUCGGGACUGGGACAGCAGAGACAUGCAAAGGGAGGGUGAUCGAUGGGAUGGGAGCACAGCCUGAGCGGGCCUGUAGGCUGCCUGAGUGCAGUGAGGUCCCAGCACAGCGCAGGCCUCUUGGUGUUAAUUAAUUGUUAAUCAUUGUUCUGCUCCAUGCUGCGGUGAGAUGAGGCAGGGGGACUGUUCAGCACAGAAGAGCAGAUCCUGCUUCUCUAGGCAGCAGCCACCCUCAGGAGAUGGCUGGGUGAGCGAGGGGCCAUCCUCACUGCCUCUUCCC